UAUAACAUUGAGGAGUUCCUCCAGAACCAAACCCUCAUGCCAAUCAGGUACUCUUACUCAGACAUCAAGAAAGUCACCGAAGGAUUCAAGGACAAGCUAGGUGAAGGUGGGUUUGGCUCUGUCUACAAAGCAAAGCUACGUGGUGGCAGCUUUGCAGCUGUGAAGAUACUUGGGACCAAGAAGUUGUCCACAGCUGGAGGAGGAAGUGGUGGUCAAGACUUCAUGAGUGAGGUUGCUACCAUUGGUAGGAUCCACCAUGCCAAUGUGGUGAGGCUGAUUGGCUACUGUUCCGAAGGACCAAAGCGAGCUCUUGUCUAUGAGUUCAUGCCAAAUGGUUCACUCGACAAGCACAUCUUUCACCACAAGCAAAGUUCUUUGAGCUUGGAACAAUUGUACCAUAUCUCCCUUGGAGUGGCCCAUGGGAUCGAGUACCUGCACCGCGGCUGCACAAUGCAGAUACUGCAUUUCGACAUCAAGCCCCACAACAUCCUCCUCGACCAAAGCUUCAACCCUAAGAUAUCCGAUUUUGGAUUGGCUCAGUUGAAUCAGCCUGGUGGCGAUCACAGCAUCGCCACUAUGACAGCAGCAAGAGGGACCAUUGGGUACAUGGCACCCGAGAUGUUCUAUAAGAACAUUGGAACGGUGUCUUACAAAGCCGAUGUAUACAGCUUUGGGAUGCUGAUCCUGGAAAUGACAGGUAAAAGGAAGAAUCAGAAUGCAGCGACGGAUCGUUCGAGCGUUUACUUCCCCUCAUGGGUUCACAACGAGGUGUCUACGCCCGGGACUCCGAUUGCAGUUGGAGAAGUCACAGAAGAGGAAGACGACAUUGCCAAGAAGAUGGUGAUUGUAGGAUUGUGGUGCAUCCAGACCAAUCCCGCCAAUCGUCCUCCGAUGAACAAAGUGGUGGAGAUGCUUGAAGGCGACUUGGAAAGCCUGCCGCUGCCUCCAAAGCCUGUUUUGUAUGCCGGAGAAACUGUAACGAGGAAUGAAGAAGAAUCAUCGACUUCUUCAUAUAUGUCAUCCACGUGUACACAAUCAAUUAUCAGUACAGUAAACAAUAAUGAAUCUCCACAAUGAUGGUUGAUAAUAAUGCAGCUCAAGUUCGCUUCUUCUUGUGAAAAUGACUAUGUCAAAAUUCCAAUUUGAUCUCAUCUCCCCCUACAAGAAAAAGGUUCGAAACAACUACAUUUACCUGAGAGAACUGGACAGCGACGGCGAGCUGGUCCAGCAACUUCGAAGGAGUGACGGCCGGCCUCCUCGCUCCUGUCUUGACCGCGGAGACUGCAUAGUGAUUGAGUUGGAAGUCAACGGCGGUCAGUUCAACGUCAUCGGACUGAGGGACUAACACGGAAUGCCGGAUUGAAGAUUUAUAGGGUUUUCAAAUUUUUUGGGACGAAAUUUGGGAGGAUGGAGAAGAAGACUAGGGUUCAUUGUUCUUCAAUCUUUAUUCGUUUUUUUUUUUUUUUGGCGCGGGCUUAAUUAUCGCGGGAAUCGGUUCUGCCGAUGCUCAACCCGACCCGACUAUUUGGAUUAAUUAUAACAGGCCCGGCCCAAUAAGGUUCGUCAGCCCAAUAGUUUUAACAGGUAGUUUUGUUCAAUGUGUUGGAGUUGGAGCUAUGAGACUAUGGACAAAUCAUGUUGGAGUAACUACUUUCUUAAGUGGAUGUGUUAAACACAUUUAAGGAAAAUCGAUGUAUCUUUCGAUUGCAUAUUCUUAUUAGUUUUAACGUCUACCAUAAUAAAUUCAUACGACAAACUUUUUUUAACUUGAAACAAUAUUAUAUAUGUUGUUUGCUACUAAAUUUAUACUCAUUUCUACAAACGUAAAGAAACAUAAAUGGAGUAACCAAGGAGUCGGGGAGAAGUGGAAAUUAAAUCAUAACGUGUACCACCAGUCGUAGUUUAAUAACUACAAUCGGCAACAAAUUGUAACAAUUGGGUUGCACUUACUGGAAAUUUAUUAAUUUAUGACACAUCUCCAAAAACUUAUUGGUCGAUUUCCAAUCAGACUUCAUGAUAACAUUUGAACUUACAUUUCCGUUGAUAAUAAUCGUGAUUGCUCAAACUACACAUGCAAUUAAUCAAAUGUAUUUUUGAGCAUGGUUCCUUGUUGCUCAAUUUAUUGUAUCAUUAUUAACUAGGAAUCAUUUUUUACGACUCCUCAUCCCACUUAUUAAUAUCAUCGAUACUUCUCCACGUUUGUAAUUCGUAAGAUUUUUCAUAUAAUUUGACUUAUUUUUAAUAAGCACCAAACCAUUAAAAAAAACUCCUAUCAAACACUUCCCAAUACAAAUCAUUUAUCUUUUGAGAAUUCUCAAUCUUUCUGCGUAUUCUUGGCAUAAAACACUUUUAUUUUCUCCCUUUUCCUCCCCUUCCGUCAGGGGAAAAAAGGUUGAAUUUUUAAGUUAAGAGCUCUAUUCAAUUCGUAGUUCAAGCUUACAUAGACGGAGAGGCCGGGAGAGAUAUUCUGAGCGAAACGAGAAACCGAGACAGAGGGAAAAAGGAGGUCGGGGAAGGGCAGAAUUGAGGAGCGCCGUGGUGGGAGCUGCGGAUCUGGUCCUGAGAUUUCCUCCCCGCCGGCGAGCUUGUUUGAUCCCUCCGGAGAAUGCGUUGUUAACGGAAGCUAUCACAUCAGAGGUCGUAAUAGUUCCUCCUUUUUUUCCCGCGUUUCUUCACCCUUUCCGUUCCUUUCGGUUUGUCGGCGGAAUGUUUGGGUUGUGAAUUUUGGUGGCGGGGGCGAGCGAUCUGAUCCUUUCGCCGCCGCCGGCAUUCCUGGUUCUAGAUCUCACAAUGCCGCCGUUACCAAUCUGUGAAUUUCCUGUUUUGUGUUGGAAAUCUGGUUUUCCCCAUAUCCCCAGAUAGAUUAAGCUCGUCUUAUUGGAAAAUGGGUUUAUAACUCUAUCUGCGGGAGCGUAAAUGUUUGAUAUGUAUUGUUGCAGAUUCGGUUUCUUAAAAGUAUCCGUGACGGGCAUUUUGGUGAAGCUAUGAAAAACGGCAUGAUAGAAUGCAGCGUGUGCCAUUCCAAGCUGGUGUCUCCUUCUUCCAAAACAGUUUCGAGGGCUUAUGACAGGCACAAGAGCAGGGUGUCGUCCAAGCUGAGAGCCCUCAAUGUGUUGUUGGUUGUGGGUGAUUGUAUGCUAGUUGGCUUACAGGUGAUUGAUCUGGGUUUUUCUAUUCUUGCUCUUUUGAAAUGUGAAAUUGAGCUGGCAGUAUAUUAUGGUAAACAGUGUAGGCGGGUACUGAGAUGCUUUAGUUGAACUGGUUUUGUAGACCUCUUUGAUGAUUUCAGCUUAUCAUGCGUGCAUAAUGUGUGCCUUGUUGGAGGUUAUUGUUGCAGCAUGUUUCUGUUGGAAGUUUUCACAUCCGUUCUCAUCUGCAGACUUGUAUGGUAGAGUUAUACGGAUAUGUCUCAUACAUUGUUAAUCCUAGCUGAGUGAUAUAUCCCACACAGGACGAGUGUCAUAUGAUUUUGCGGGUUUGUCCAUAGUGAUGGACGGGGGAGCUGCCUGGUGACCAUAAGGGUAUACCAGAACUUGUAGCAUUAGCAUUGUUCUCACAGUUCAUUGGUUGGAAAGAUGUGAUAUUUUAUUCUUAAAUCCGAUAAGUUGAGACGUGGGUUCUUUCUCAUGUUGCUGAAAUCCUUUGUCCGCUAAACAUCUAUGCUGGUUAAGCUUAGGCCCAGUGUGUAAAUCAUUGAUGUUUUCCUGCUGCAUGUUCCUGCCUUCAUUACGGUAUUUUUGUUGCAGGCUUACAAAUUACUGUAAUUUGUUUAUUAAUAUACUUAAGUUCCUAAU